GCGCCAUAGAGACAGGGGAGGACCAGGGUGGGGAGGAGGAUCAGAGGAGAACACAGGAGGAUACUUUUGGGAUACAGCAGGACCCCAAGACUUGCCUGCAGGCGGGCCUAGGGCCGGGUCCUCGACUGCAGGUAGCUGUCAUGGGAAGCUGCACAAAGGCAGGGCCCUGCUGUGUAGAUGCAUGUGCUCACCCAGGGCACACCCCCUCAUAUGCAUGGCCACAGGGUGGUACUGUAGAUCUGCUGGAAGAGGAGAUGGAGCAGUCAGUAAAAGGCCUGCUUUUUUCCCUGGAUCCCUCCACGGCGGCCCCUCCCCUGGUUCUCUCGGGCUCUGCGCUCACCGUGACCUCCCAGGGAGGGGCCGCCCUGCCCCAGGCAGAGUGCGCAGGGGCCCCUGAGGACCUGCAGCAUCAGGACCCCAGCCCCCUUCCUCAGGUGUGUGCAGCAGUGACCAUCACAAGGGGGCAGUUCUACUGGGAAGUGGAUGUCUGCAACAGCACCUGCUACAGGAUAGGCGUGAGCUCUGUGGAUAACCUGCGGGGAUGGUGGCUGGAGAGGAGGGGCGCCUCCUUUUCCGUGGCGUUCGACGGACGCAGGGAGACGCUGGCCGCCGUGCCCCCCCAGGUGAAAACCGUGGGGGUGUUCCUGAACAUGGGAGGGGGGGCGCUGAGCUUCCACAACGCCCUGACCCAGGAGCACCUGGCCACCGUGCCGUCGCGGUUCGGCCCGGGGGUCCGCCCGGCGCUGGGCCUGGGGCAGGGCCGGGUGAGGCUGAGGAGCGGCCUUCCUCCUCCGCCCCACGUCUUCCUCUGCCGGAGCUCAGCCUACCGCGGCCCCGCCGGGGCCGGACCGGGCCGCUGGCGCAGGGACGUGCGCUUCCACUCCGUCCGCACCGUCAUCCAGAGGUUUGAGGAACUCUCGGUCGCGGAGUCCGAUUCCGGCCUGGUGUCCAGUUUUGGCUCCUCCAGCACCCUGGCCUCCCUUCCUGAACCAGGGACCUAG